AUGGACUUCCUGAUAGGCGGCCUGGCGGCCUGCGGCGCCUCGGUAUUCAGCAACCCCUUCGACGUGGUGAAGACCCGCAUGCAGCUGCAGGGCGAGCUGAAGGCCCGCGGCCAUCACCAGGUCAUCUACAGGAACGCCCUGCACGCCGGCUACCUCAUAGCCAAGAACGAAGGCUUCAGAGGCUUGCAGAAGGGCCUCGGCACGGCGCUGAUGAUGCACUUCGUCAGGAACAGCACCAGGUUAGGCUUGUACGAGAUCUGGUACAAGCGCGGUUUGCUAACCGACGAACGCGGGAGGACCAUCUUCUAUCGCAGCGCCAUCGCCAGCGCCUUCACCGGCGCCGUGGGCGCUUUCCUGGGCAGCCCCUUGUUCCUCAUAAAGACCCAGCUGCAAUCGCAAGCAGCUAGGGAGAUCAAAGUGGGUACUCAGCACGGCCAUCCAGGCCUCUACGGUGCCUUCAGGAAGAUCUACGAUCGCGAAGGGAUUCUCGGGUUGUGGAGAGGCGGCGUGGGAACCGUGAUGAGAGCCGUGGUGGGUUCAUCGUCCCAACUGACCUCUUUCGCUCUGACAAAGGAUCUGCUGAUGGAGCGCGAGGUUUUCCUGCGGAAUCCCCUGCUCGCUUCGUUCCUGGCCAGCAUUGUCGGUGGGAUUUUUCAAUGUUUCUUGAUGAAUCCUUUCGAUUUGGUGUCGGUUCGCUUGUACAAUCAAGGUGUGGAUAAGAGUGGAAGAGGCGUUUACUACAAUGGUCUGAUCGAUGCUUUUAUCAAAAUAGGCAGGAAAGAAGGCUUCUUGGGGUUCUACAAAGGCGUCACCGCCAGUUACCUGCGAGCGGCUCCUCACGGUGCUUUCUGUUUGGUGUUUUGGGAUAUACUGAAAGAUUUACAACGGAAAUACCUCAAGAAAACCGAACCUAAAAUUAAAUAG